AUGGCCAGCCCAGAGGAGCCCGCCGUCGCCGUCGAGGAGGUCCAGGACUCUGCAGAGACCGUGAUCGCCACCGUCGUUGCAAUCGUGGCUGGCCUCAUCGUCAUCGUGAUCGCCCUCGGCUUCCGGCGGAAGCGCGAGGCCGAGCGCGUUGUGGCCCGGGAGAAGGCGGCGGCUGCCAAGCGCAAGGCGCCUCCUCCCGGUGCGGUGGCCCGCGCCGACCUCUCUGCGGUGGAGAAGCUGGCGCGCACCGCCGGCGCCGACCCGGACGCCUUCCUCGCCGGCCUCGCCACCACCGAGGCGGAGCUACCGCCAGAGGGCGACGGCGCGGCGGCGGUCGCCGCCGCCCUGGUCCACACCCACCUCCGCCGCGGGGAGCUUCCCGCGCGGCUCUGGCCAAAGCGCGACGCGGAUGAGGCCGAGGCUGCAGUUGAGGCGGUGGCGGAGGCGGCCGUCAAGCUGACGCGGCACGGGUUCGAGGCGGCGUGCAAGGGCGGGUCGCCGGAGGCCGCGCGCUGCCUCCUCCAGCUGCUCGCCUGCCUCCGCCUCCAGCGGCCCGCUUGGGACCACGAGCCCGCCUCGGCGGCGUCGUGGAUGGGCGGCGCGGGCGGCGCGGUGAGCGCUGGCUCGGUCGCUAUGCUCAAGGUCCGCCUCUCGCGGGCCCACGCAAAGGAGGCUGCCGCCGCCGCAAAGCGCGGCGCGACCUCCUUCGCCGGCAAGUGGAGCACCGCCAACGGACGUGCGCCCGUGCGCGUGUGCGAGAGCUACACGUGCCUCGUCUCGCGCCGCGGCGGGCCCGCCGGCGGCGCGGAGGCGAUGGUUGGCUUUCUCGAGGCGGACGUCCUCGACCCGGCGGCGCCGACGGCGGAGGCGGAGCUCAAGAUCGUCGCGCCGCUCGAGGCGGGCGAGUAUGAGCUGCGCGUGCAGGCGCUCUCGCUCGCGGUGCUCGGCGUCGAGGCCUCCGCCUCCGCCUCGCUCGUCGUCACCCCCGCGCCGAUCGACGACGCCGACGACCUGGACGACUAUUGAAGCACUGGCGGUGACGCCUCGCGACGAGGAGAAUAAAUAAAUAAAUAAACAAAAUAAAACGGACAUCCCAAGCUAGGGCUGGGUCACGGAUUGGAGAUCCCUCACACCAAGAUCGUGCAGGGCGGGGACACAUGUCCCUAAAUCCCAUCUCGUCACAGACUUACCGUUUUAUUUGUUUAUUUAUUUAUUUUUUAUUGUUU